AUGCUCAAAUUCACCGCACUCCCCACCCCCCUAACCCCCGACACCAGCCAUCCAGCCCUCAUCAAACCCGUCACCCAACCCUCCUCCUUCCCCUGCCGCCGCUGCCUCCAAGACGGCCGCCCAGGCGAAGAAAUGCUGCUCCUCCCGUACAACCCCUUCACCCCCACCCCUAGCUCCACCAGCACAUCGCCAUCCCCAUCACCCUACACAGGGCCAGGGCCGAUCUACGUGCACCGCAGCGAGUGCGCACACUACCAGUGCGAUGGGUCUGUCCCCGAGCAGCAGAGGAGACGGCUGGUCGCUGUUCGGGCGUAUGAUGUGGAGAAUAUGAUGGUUGGGUUUGCGAUUGUGAAGGGGGAGGAAUUGGGGGUCAAGGCGGGGGAGUUGCUGGAGGAUGAGGAGGUGAAGUUUUUGCAUGUUUAUUAUGCGGGGCCAGGGUGUUUUGCUGUUCGGAUUGAUAGAGGUGGGGAGUAG